AUGGCGACCGGCGUGCUCGGCGUAGCGGCUCCCAUCCUCGGGUACGACGUCGAGGCCAUCUCAUGGGAUCUCGAAGUCGCCCCAGGCUGGAACGAGGUCUUGUACGGCACAGUCCAGGAGGUGUACGCCCAAGCCCGCAAAAUGAACCCCGACUUCAAGCUUGACAAGGUUGUCGAGCCGAGGGACUUGCAUGAGAAGCGUUCCAACGUCAUCUGCGGCAACUUUGGGCUCGCCGACAAAGGCCGCAUCCAGGAGGGAAUCAACUACCUCCGUGGCGUGCCGGCUGCUCCUCGCAAUGGGCCCGGUCCGGGAAACUGUGGUCGAGUGAGCUGCUCCCACAACGCUGCCAUCUGGUGGUGCAACGAUAACUUGACGCCCAAGACGUUGGAUAGCUGGGACCAGAUUGCCAACAGUGCUCAGCACAUCGUCAACACGUGUGCGUCGGGCGCCGGCCAGGUUUCGGGGCAGAACUUUGAGUCUGGGAACUGGAACACGAUUGUUCGUAGGGACUCCUGCUGA